ACAUUCGACGCACAGGCCCUCCCACUCAGCUUUGGGCCUUCGUCGAACUCCACACAGAUCCACCACGUCCUGCAGCUACAUUAUAUAGCUACAUGACGGCCAGAUCUAUUGGUACUCUGUGAUCCGCUUAGAACUCUGCUCUUAGCUCCAGCUCCCUCUCUGCUCUGGUCUUGGCUGGAGUGCUCUAGAUCGAGAACUGGUGCAAUCUGGUGUGGAUUAGUUUCAUAAUUUGGACCAAUACUUGCGACACGGCCCCUCCCCAUCUCAGAGUUGUACUCUAGCUCGCUUCUUUGGCUUCUUUGGCUCCUUUAGGCUCCAGAUCCUCAUUAUACAUCACACCGGCCAGCAGUUCGACACCGGUGCUCGUCGAAAUCACUAACUUCCUUUUGUAAGUUCUCAAUCUCUCUCUCGCAUUGUGCCCCUCGAAUUCCUUCUCUCUCUCUCUCAGAGAUUGUGCCCCUCGAAUUCCAUCUCUCUCUAUAUCUCUCGCAUUGUGCCCCUCGAAUUCCUUCCUUACAUACUCCCAUACGCACAAUCGCCAUCACGCGGCCUCGAUUAUGAUAAGAGAGAAUCGUUCUUCGAGGAUUUCUGUGCAAGAAGUGCAUGAAGUGACAGAAGCAGAAGCAGGCACCAUGCCGGGAGAGAAAGUGUACCCGGGCAGCAACGGCAGCGCCACGCCGGAGCUGUCGCCGCCGCCGGCCCGCGACUUCUACAACAUCUCGAUCAAGGACCAGGUUUACGGCACGGCGCCGGUGGUAUCCUCGUACCGCAACGAGAAGAAGAGGCGCAAGUGCAAGUGCCGCAACCCGUGCUACGCCGGAAACUGCAACCCAUGCCGCUGCUGCUGGAGCUGGCUGUGCACGCUGCUGGUGCUCAUCGUGGUAGGUGGCGUGGUGUUCUACCUCGUCGUUCGCCCGAAGAUCCCGGACUUCGAGGUGACCGACUUCCGUCUCACCGGCCUCGACCAGAGCCUGACCACGCAGCAGCUCACCACCGUCAGUGCCGUCACCAUCCGCUCGCACAACGGCAACAACCGCCUCGCCUUCGACUACAAGUCGCUGCAGGUGCGCGUGCUCACGCAGAAUGCGUCCGUCAGCGUGGGCGACGGCAGCAUCCCGCCGUUCUACCAGGGCACCGGCGAGACCGUGAACCUGGUCGGCAACUUCAAGGCCACGCCCAUGGCCAUCGGCAAGGACACGCAGGCCACGCUGACCAAGGCCCAGAGCACCGGGAACCUGGCGUUGCAGGUCAACGUGGACAUCAAGGCGCGCCUCGAGCUGGCCUCGGCCAAAUUCAUCAAGCUGAAAAUCAAAGUGCGCUGCAGCAUCGCCGUCAAUCCCAAGGUCACCGUCGGCUCGCAGAUUCUCAACAAGAACUGCAAUUAUAAGGGCCGUCCCUACGUUUGAAUUGCCCGUCUCCAUCUCCAUCUCCUCGACCAGCCUCCCGAUGAUGCCAUUCGACUCGUCUCCUGAGGCCGCCUGAAGCUUCGCGCGUUCCUGGCCCGAUCGAUCCUGAGGUCCUCCCACGACCCUUUUCUCGCUGAUCGAUUCUGCAGCGUGAUCGAUUGAUCCCGAUCAUCGCAUGCACCCCGAUCGAAAAUGAAUUGCGUGGGUAUGCAUUGUACCCGCGGCGCUUGACUUAUGACCUCAAGCUUGAAAUUUACAUUGAAUUUCAGUUUUCUAAGCGCUAGACAGGUUCUGAGCGCCUGCUUCCAACUUUUUAUGACCCGUCAGUACUGAAGCUCAGGUAGAUAUUGUCGCAAUUCGAUAGUUUCUGAUGUAUUACAUUCUUCAAAGCAUAAGGAUAUGGAAUCGGUGUGUUCUCCGAUUUCGGUCCAAGGUUGUACAAACAGCAAUAAGAUGGGGACUCAAUCCCCCUGACAUGACAACUUCAAUUUGAUUCUGAGUUCGAUCAUC